AUGUCUGACCAGCAGAAUUGGGUCGGCCCUGCCGUCCAAGCAUUCACAGCGGCAGUUCCAGGUCCAGCAGCGCCUUUCUUGCGGGGGCUGCGCAACUACCUCACCGUUCCUCUCCCAGCAUUACACUCUGUGCAAUGGAUUCCGGCAUUACAAGAAGUUGAGAUCCGGCUGGACCUCGCCCGCAAACUCCGUCAAAAUCUGCGCAGCUAUGGGCUGGCGCUACACUUUGAGUUUACUGCUCUGGAAUUGUCGGCGCUUCUGCUUAUGCCUAUUGAGUCUCUGCGUCAGCUGACGAGUAAUACUUUGGCUGAGACCCGAAGCUUCUAUUAUCUGACGCUGGCCGGAAUCAAAGACAAUUUAAAAUAUUUCCUCGAGGGACACCAUCCGCAUUCGAAAGAUCUUAAGCGCAAGACUCCCGGAGGAGGGGCUGAGAGCAUCGAGGGCACACUAGGAGCCAAAAGCGUUGGCCGCUCGGAGGCUGAGAAACAAAAAUGCCGGCAACGAGACGGGAAUGUGUGCAUUUUCACAGGCGCAGCGCACCCCGACGUUUGCCAUAUAGUGCCAUUCGCGACGAGCUCUACCGAGAGAAACAUCGAGCUGACGAAUGGACGAUUUGCAAAUAUCUGCAGUAUGUUUUUGCCCGCUGCUGAUGAGGAAUACACCCCAGUUAUCGGGAAUGGCCUUGGUUGUUCCGACAAAGCGUGGAACAUGCUCUGCAUCAGCACGGAGCUUCACCGCUACUGGGCAAAGCCCUAUUGGGCUGUCAAAUUUGUCGGUAUCACGCCUGCGGAACACGUUCCGAAGCAGAGACUCACCAUGAGAUUUGAGUGGUUACGCAUCAAGAAUGGAGACCCGAGCCGCACAAUCAGCGUGGGCGACUCUACGGCCUGCCACGCAAUGCUCGCUGGCUUAACAACCUCUUCCACCGGCGAAGAGGAUGCUUGUCCUUGUCUAGGAGUCGAGGGGAUUGUGGCAGCCAACUGCCGCAGAACUAACCGUCCACUAGCGUCUGGCCAGGACUUUGACGUUGUCCUUGACACGUUAGGUGAUGCCCUCAAUAUGAAAAAAAUGCUGGAGAUCCAGUGGAGCCUUGUCACACUCGCAGCCAUGAGCGGCGCAGCCGGCCCUGACGACACAGGCGAUGACUUGUCUGAGUUUGAAUUUGAGAGGGAGGCCUACGAAAGUGCCAACAGUGCAGUAUACGAUGAUGACCGUUAG